AUGUCUGCCACGUACAAGCAGUUCCUGGCUGCUCCCAACUCGUCUCUGCUCGCGCCCAACGCCACCCUUCUGUACAUCACCACCACCACUUCUUUCAAUGGCCCUACCGACAUCAUCAAGCACUUCAACACCCUGCGCAACCAGGUGAAGAAGAAGAAGGAAGAGAUUUUGGACGUCGUCGAGGGCCGCGAUGCUAUCGCCGCUGAGAUCGAGACCUCUCUGGAGUUUGUUACCAGCGGCGGCACCUACCUGCCCGGCCUGGACGACAACUUCUUGGCCGACCGCACCGUUUUCCUCCCAAUUAUGCACGUUGUGAACUUCGACAGCGAGGGCAGGAUCGCGCAGAUCCGCCAAAGCUGGGACCAGGGCUCCCUCCUCAAGCAGCUCGACAUCAUCGGAAAGUCUGGUCGCAACUGGCCCAUCCGUGACAGCCAGGACCAGAUCAAGAUGAUCACCAAGGGUUUGAAGGCUACCGGCAAGGUCUCAGAAGCUCCCGACACGAACGAACUGAUCAACAGAUCCCGCGGCAACUCGAGCAACGCGCUGCGCGACCCCCACGCAUCCCUCUCCCUGUUUGCCCCCAGAGAGCAACAGGCUGAAGAAAGCCCGGCCCGGUCUGUCGUGUCACCUUAUGCGGGUACCCGACCUCAGCAGCGGUCUUUCACCGAUAUUCUGGGCAACGCGGGUGCAGAUGACGAGCCCAGCUCCCCCAGCGCAGGACGCGACCGCGUCGCUCCCAAGAUCGGCGCUGGAAAGAACUUCCAGCCCAGUCGCCUGUUCGAUGCUGAUGAACAUGCCGACGUGCCCGACAGCCCCGAGCAGUCGCCCGAGAAGUUCUACCGUCCCAACCCCAAAAAGUACCAGCACUUCGACUUCGCCGACGGCUCGGACCCGCAAGACACACCCAAGCCUGCCGAGGGCCGCCCCAAGGCUAGCAAGCACGACAGCAGCUGGGGUUUCGAAGACUUUGUCACUCCUCAGAAGGUCAAGCCUGGCAAGACGCUGCGCACUCAGGAUGUGCGCCACUGGGAUACCGACGUGACCAACGACUCUGUGAAGGAGACCCCGAUCGCCCGUCCAGUCCAGCAGAAGCCCCGCCGCGACGCCGAGCCGCACUUUGAGUUCCAGGAUGACGGCCCGGACGGUCAGCCUCGGCCCGCUGGUCGUCCCAAGGGUUCCGCGCACAACACUGGCCUGCACCUCUACGAGAACAACUUGUACAGCGAGGAUGGCAAGCCCCUUCCCCCUGACGCUGACCGCGCUCUGGGGAACAUUACAAACCUGAACCAUCGCCACAAGGACUUUGACCCUCAUUUCGCCAUGUCUGACGACUCCCCCAGCCAAACCGGUCAGCAGCAACGACCCACUGUGAGCGACUCUCGCAAGAAGGCAGUGAACAUGAUGAACUCCAACUGGGAAGCCUACGACAAGUCUCCUGCAUCUCAAAAGGAGAACAUCCCUGAGCCUCAAGCAGCUACCAAGAAGGGCGGUAUUCACAUUGCUGGAAACGGCAUGGGAGCCAGAAAGGCCCCGGCCGAACAGGAGGGCGAUAGCCGUGGUAUCAACAUUGCUGGAGACGGCAUGGGUGGUCGCAAGGGCGCCAACCGCAACUGGCUUUACGGCGGCGACGACGACGAGGAGGACACGCCCAAGGCCAUCCCGCCCAAGAAGCCCGGUAUGUCGGCGGCUCAGCAGAGCUUCUGGGACUUUUAA